AUUGUAUCAAAACCUUCGAUUUAUUCAAAAAUAUAAAUUAAAUAUAAGAUACUUUUAAUUUCUUAAUGAAGUCGUCGUGAUAUUUGAGGUUAGGAAACAAGAAAAAGUCGUUGAGGUGAAUAAUCUAUAAAUUCGAAGUGGAAUUCGCGAAUUUUAGCAAUAGGUAUGACUAUAGUGUGAAAAGAUACGUUAUACUUUCUUCUUCUUAUACGAUUGUUAAACCGCGAUGCCAAACUCACAACUUUUAAAUAAAACACAUACUUUCACGAUAAAUUAAAUGAUUUUUGUUUAGUUUUGUUUUAUUUGAAUGUGGAUUUCAUCAUUCAAACGUUAGUAAUUAAAUACAAGUGAAUGUAUCUAAUUGAAUCAACUUAACCUUCAACAGAAGUAUUAGAAACGUAAUUUUGAAUUCUAAAAAACAUUAAAUGAUUUGGCAACGUCGAAACUACAAUAAGAGUGAUGUUUAUAGUUAAGCUUUGUACGGAUUCUAAAAUAAUGCUUGUUUAAACUAAUGGCAUUUCGGACAAUUUUUGAAAUUUAACAACUCAGAUUUAACAUAACCCCAAAAUGAGUUUGCUAAAAACGUUCGGAGACCUGAAAGGUACCAUCAAGAUCAAACCCCAGCGAUAUAUAAUCGACAAUUGGGUAUUCAAAUUGCAUUACAAAGCAACCGUGAUCUUUUUUUUGGUCGGGUCCAUUUUAGUAACGUCAAGGCAAUAUAUAGGAGAACACAUCAGAUGCAUAUCUGACAAAGGGGUCCCCGAUCACGUGAUGAAUACAUUUUGUUUUUUCACUACUACCUUCACUGUGCCUUAUGUGAAUAUAUCCAAAGAUCGUUUAGAACAAAUGUUUGAGAUAAAAGCCAUGGAUGCUAAUUUAUUGGAUACAGGUAAUUUGGCGCAUCCAGGUGUUGGACCGUACGGGAUCGAUUCUAACGAACCAGUUAUUCAUCACGCUUAUUAUCAAUGGGUACCAUUCGUGUUAUUUUUUCAAGGACUGAUGUUUUAUUUAACCCAUUUGCUGUGGAAAAAGUUAGAAGGUGGGAGAUUAAGAUAUUUAGUUGACAGUUUGAGGUAUUCGGCGUUUUCUUUACAAGAAAAAGAAAUAAAAGUCGGUAGUAAUAACAUUCCGUCGAAAUCAACGAGGGAACAAAAAAUAAACCAGGUACGACAAUUAUUUAUCGAUGGUAUGUAUAUCAACAAAUAUUGGGCAGUAAAAUUGAUGAUAUGCGAAAUUCUCAAUUUACUCCACGUCGUUUUACAAUUUUACAUAACGGACAAAUUUUUGGGCGGCAGAUUUAAUAAUUUGGGAUCAACUGUAUGGGCGCAAGGUUUGGAUUCCAGCGUAGACGUACUCGACGAAGUAUUCCCCAAGAUAACAAAAUGCACUUUCCACAAGUACGGUCCUUCUGGCUCCAUCCAAUACCACGAUGCCAUGUGCGUUAUGGCGCUCAACAUUAUAAACGAUAAAAUUUAUACCGGCCUUUGGUUCUGGUUCAUUUUUCUUUUCGUUUGUUCAAUUUUAGGGCUCAUUUGGAGGGUGAUAACAAUAAUUUUCCAUUCUAGAAGCACGGGGUUCAAUAGAUUAGUUUUUUCUAAUUCCUGUCCUGGUAAACAGAAUCCUUGGAACGCGUUGAACGUUUCUUAUUAUUACAGUUACACCGAUUGGUUGUUUCUUGUUUAUUUAGCCAAAAAUAUCGAUUCGUUGGUGUUUAAAGAGAUACUAUUGGGUAUAGCCGAGGAUUUAGAGCAAAAAAAAUCGAUGAAACAACCUUUAUUACAAGCCGAAGAGUUAGAUAAAUAUACUUGAUUCAAUCGUUAUAAAAUAAUGUUUAUAUAUUCGAAAUUAUUCAAAAAAAUAUAUGAAACAGCACUGUGAUUACAUUAGUAAAAUAUAUUUAUUGAAAUUGUUUCCAGGACUAAAAGUAUUUAUCUAUUAGUAACGUUAGAUUGAAUAAACUUUAUUUGGCUACCCUGUAUAUAUUAAAACCGACUGAGAUCAAUGAAUUAGUAAAUUUUCAUUGUAAUUCACUAACAUAGUGUUUGAAUAAAUAUUUAUCUACUUCUUAAA